CAACGGACUUGAGUGGCGCUGUGCAUCGUUGUGUGUUCUAUACCUCUCGUAGUCGUCCAAACCUAUUGUAAUCCAAGAUUAAAAUUGGAAGAAAAAUAAUUACAUUUUAACACAAAUAAUUGAAAUAAAAAAAAUCACAUGAAAACAAAUUGAUAUUUUUAUUCUAAGAUAAGUAAAUAGUUGAAUAAAUUAAUUAGUACGAGAGCCAUAGACACACAACGAUGCACAGCGGUCAGCGCCACACAAGUCCGUUGUGCCUUGUGGUUGUGCUCUAUGCUUUUUUAGCUGUCACGGCCUUAAUACUUUGGUACCAUCCCAUUGACCGGAGACGUAACCUAGUUGCUUCUAAAUGCUAAAUGCUAUAUGAAAAUUUAAAUUUUGCACUGUCAUAAAUUUAUCAACUUGUAUACAUAGCUUGUAGCCGAUAAUUGGCCUAUAAAAAAUAAACAAAAUAUUGAUAGACUCGUGAGAUUAGGUAAUAAGGCAAGAGACCAGAAAUCUAAAAAUAAAACAUACAUUUUGUUUUAUAGAAGAUUUAAUUAACAUAGCCUUUAAAACAUAAAUUGAAGCCAUUAAUCUGAAUAUCAAGAUAUACCUUUGUUUUGAUGUGUCCGGAGUUUAGAAAAAGCUAAAUAUUAAACCCAGAUUAAAUAAACUACAACUUAAUUCCAAGAUAAGAUUAUCAAGAAAUUUUCAAAUAUGUCUAGCAACGCUUUAUUUAGUAAUAAUGGAAAUCGAAAUGUUAGUAAGAAUCUGGUAGAGUUUAAAGCUGGGAAAAUGACAAUGAAAGGAAAAAUGGUUUACCCGGAUAAUAGGAAAGGACAGCUUUAUGUUUACCAGUCAGAUGAUUCGUUGAUGCAUUUUUGCUGGAAAGAUCGUAGUACUGGUAUUGUGGAAGAUGAUUUAAUUAUAUUUCCUGAGGAUUGCGAAUUCAAGCAUGUAACACAGUGCAAAACUGGAAGAGUAUACCUAUUAAAAUUUAAAUCAUCAAGUAGAAAAUUUUUUUUUUGGUUACAGGAUUCAAAAACAGAUAAAGAUGAAGAAUAUUGUAGGAAAAUAAAUGAAGUACUUAAUAAUCCACCAAUACCAGGUUCACAAAGAUCUAGUGGCGCAAAUGCUGAAGGCGAUUUACAAAACUUAUUAAACAAUAUGUCACAACAACAGUUGAUGCAAUUAUUUGGUGGCGUAGGUCAAAUCGGAGGCCUUGGAAGUUUGCUUGGAACUAUGAAUCGUCCAUUUAGUAGUGGAAGUAGAAUUUCAACAACUUCUUCAAUCACUCCAGUUACAACUGCAAAAUCAACUACAUCUUCGACUCCUAAUUCUACUGCGUCUACUACUACUACUACUACUACUUCUAUAGGCUCAGAAAUACCGAAGCCGACUGGCAGCGAUAAAUCUUCGUCCGCAAAAUCAGCAGAAUGUACUACUUCAAUUGUCUCUGACAACCGAAUACGUCUUAGUGAUCUACAAAGCUUUUUAUCAGGCAUACCGAAGCCUUCUCAUAUUGAAUCUGAAGUUCAGCUACAACAUAGCUUUUGUCCGACAGAGGGGCGUAGCGAGCGAACUAAGCUCAGCCAUCCCAGCGGCCAUCUCCACAUGCGAAAGCCUGGAGGAUUUAAUAAGUACAUACUUGCCGGCCGGCGACAGCCUUUCAACCACUCUUUCGUCUCCUCAGUUCUCCCAGGCACUAUCACUAUUUUGGUCUGCUUUGCAGUCGGGCCAGGCGGCCCCUGUAGUCCAGCAGUUUGGUUUGGGGUCCGAAGCUGUUAAUGCUGCAACUACUGGUAAUAUCCAUGCUUUUGUCAAUGCUCUUGAGACCGAGGCACUAAAUAAGUCGCCGGCGAGCGAUGCAGAAGCUGUUGAUAACUCUGAUAUGAUGAAUACAAAGAAAUCUCAAGAGGAAUCUACAGGUAAACUAAAAAGUGAUCAGCCAGAUUCCAAAACCGAUACUAUUAAUCACAAAAAAGAUAAUGAUGAUGAUGAAGGCAUGGCUCUCGAUUAAAUUUCUUCUUUAUUGUUCUCUAAUUAAAAUAAUAAACAUUCGUAAAGUCUUCUAAUAUUCAUUUUGUAACCUUCCUAAACAAUGUUACGUUUUUAAUUCGUCUUCUAUUUUCUUUUCAAAGUGAUAUUGCAAUGUAAUGACAAGUAAAUAAAGAGUACAUUCUGCGAUA